AUCCGCUUGCUCACGAGCUGAUCAUCUUCAGUAAACAACGAAUUCCAAGGAAGAAUGUGCGGUUGAAACAUGACGAACAGUUCAUCAGCGUGAGAGACGCCCAAGUCUUGAUUCCAAAUAUCGAUAUUCAGUUGAUCUGGGGGAAGCGAAUCCAGAGGAUCUGACGCCUGUUCCGCCAACUUCUCGCGAACCCAAGCCCAGGAUUUGGCAGGCAAAACUCGGCGCUCCAACCGAUUCGAGCGCAAACAAAACGGAGAGGAAAAACUGCUCUCAGACGACAGAAGAAGGCGAACACGAAGUCAGUUCUCAACAAUACAACAUGGCAUCGACAACAGCCCGGAGAUUGGCAUCGUUCUACAGCUUUCAAGCUAAGAAAUUGGACGGGAAGGAGUUCAAUUUCGCGGACCUCAAGGGCAAAGUUGUCCUUGUGGAGAACACUGCCUCUUUAUGAGGCACGACUGUCCGUGAUUUCACACAGAUCAACCAGCUCUGUGAGAAAUACGGAGAUAAGUUGGCGGUUUUGGCUUUCCCAAGCAACCAAUUCGGUCAUCAAGAAAAUUCCAAUGGUCAGGAGAUCCUGAAUGCUCUUCGUCACGUUCGACCUGGCAAUGGUUUCGAGCCCAAAUGUGUCCUCUUUGACAAGAUUAUUAUCAACGGCGAAGGGGAGCAUCCCGUAUUCUCAUGGCUCAAGACCGCCCUCCCUAUGCCCUUCGAUGACACCGAGAGUCUGAUGGGCGAUCCCAAAUUCAUCAUCUGGAAGCCCGUCAAGCGAUCCGAUGUAGCUUGGAACUUUGAGAAGUUCCUCGUGAGUCCGGGUGGUGAGCCAGUCAAGCGUUAUUCCAAAGGGUUUGAGACUAUCAAUAUUGCCAAGGAUAUCGAUUCGCUACUGCAAUCAGUUUAAAAUGAUCUAGAAGCCACUCAACCAACCAAACCUUUAUUUGCCCGAGGACAAGUUGAUCCAAACCAUCCAUAAUGACGUGAAAGCCUGAAACUAUUCCACAGGGAGGGUUUUCAUUGAUGCCUCGGAGAAGUGGAUUCCUACAAAUCCUCGGAUUUUUAACAGUUUGUGUCCGGCACGAGGUUUCGUUAGUGCCAUAUUCGAAAUUAUAAAUAGUAAACAAGGAUUUUAAACCAAA